CGUCAACGUUACGCGCAUGUCUCUCCGCCAGUGUUUUUAAAAAGCGGCGGUAGCUCCUCCAGAACAUUUUGGAUCCUGGUGUUUUUCUGUGAAGUUGUAAGCUGCUUUACUGCACCAGCAUCAUGCAGCACCAGCAGUAUGCAGAGGAGCAAGGCCUUCUGGGCUCACUGUGUCCUGGGCAGAAGAAGCUUGAGGGGAAGACCUUCUACCUGGACGUUCUGAAGAAACGCUCCACAGCCCUUCUUUUGGAGGCCGUAUCACUUCUAGGAGGGAGGGUGGAGAGUUUCCUGCACAAGGAUGUGUCCUUUGUCGUGACUGGAAGCCAAGAAGACCCGAAGGAGCAGAAGUCUGCAGAUACUAAAGCAGAGAGAAAGGGGACGAGUGAAGAAGCCCAACGUCCCAUAAUGCAGCGAGAGAGCGUCCUCAGCAGUGACAAACCGCGACCAGGAACUCCUAGACCAGCGGCUUGUGGCAGCCGUGGGAAGGCCCUGCUUGAAAAAGCCAUUCGCAAUAAUGAACGACUGCAGGGGAACAGUGUUUUGGCCAAUGCCCGAUCAUGGGGAGUGAAGAUUUUGUAUGUGGAUGAUGUCCUUCUGUAUUUGAAACAGUUGACUCGAGAGAGCUUCAGUGCUGUACACAAGAGGCCGGAGAGGACUUCCGCUAAACAUCAUGUUGUCAAAGCUGCAGCAUUGAGGUCUCCCUAUCUUAAAAUUGAAGACAUGAGCAGGACAUACAAGCCCUUGCAUAUGCAAUCUACGACCUUCCCCACUCUGCGGUACUCGGGCCGAUUCAGCCCCUUUGAAUCUCCCCCACCUCCGUUUGAUAAGCAGGCAGAGCAAGGAGAGAGUCAAACAAGGGAGAAGAAAAAAGUCCAAAGCAGCAUUCAGGAGAAAUCUCAAACACUCACACUCAGCUGUAACCCUUCACCUGUGAGGCCACGCAAAAAGGAAGUGUCUUACUGUGAAUGCUGUCAUCAACCCUUCACUAGUCUGGAGGAGCACUUGCAGUCUGAUCAGCACCGUGCGUUUGUUGUGGAUGAAUCAAACUACAGUGUGUUGGACCAACUCGUGACUGAGAUGCUUCCGGGAUUUAACCCCAAUCCAGCCCAACAGUCUGAUGAAACACUGAACCGACCACCAACUCCUUUGCCCAUCUGUGAACUGGAGCCUCUCACUGAUGCUGAGGCGGAGCAUGCUGUUCAGGCCCUGCAGAUACAAGUUUCAUCAUUCCAUAUUCGCCUCUCCAGUCCGGCUAAGGGUUCAUCUGGAGGUGCUAUCCCAUCACUAGGAGUUCAGUUUCCCAUCCCAAAUCCACCUGCUGACAUCCAGCCUUUCAGUACUAACACAGACUGCCAUCUCCCGGACGGCCAUCCUCCCGCUUUAAGUCCAACCAUGCCUGUUUUGGAAGUUGAACCACAAGCUCACAACUCUGCCAGCCGGCAGACGGAUAAUCAACACCUCUUCCCAUCCCCUGACCCUUACUCCCUGCCUCCGGUCCUCAGCCCACAAGUCCCUUACACGUCCUACAUUAUGGAUCCGCACUGCCCGUACUCGGAGCCCCCUGUCCUCAGUCCUCAACAGUACACCGAAGAGGAGGCUGAGGAAACGCACACUUGUGAAAUGGACACUGGAGAAAGUGUGUCUCAGUCUGUCCUUGAUCCUAUCGCCACAACACAUUUUCCCUCUGUGGCUUUGACAAUUGCAGAAGAGGUAAAGGAAUCGAAACAAGAAAGUCUUUUGGGAUUAAGUGAGAUCACAUGUUCAACCAAUCGUUUGGAGUGUGCUACGCUGUUGUCACCUAGAUCUCGGUCCCUCCCUCGACAGAUGGCGACGACACCAAACGUCAGAAAGCGCUGCAGAUCAGCCAGCCCCGAACACAGCCAGAGCAAAAGGAGGAGGAUCACGGCGGAAUUUGGUUACAGAAGUAGCUGGAUUAAACAAGUGCAUACAUCUGCCAAACCAGAAAAGGACAUUAUGGCAAAACCUGAGGGCUGUUUAUUAUUUGACAAAGUCUCUUGUCAGAUAAGACAUUCCAGUCCUAAACCAAAAGUUUCUUCCACAUACACUGUGGAAACACUUGGAUCAAAACAGACUUUUACCACGUUUUGUGUUCCUACAGUAACGAAUUUCACUCAGGCAACAAAUCAAAUGAACGUUUUAGGUCAUGUGAGCACUUCUGUUGCUGAUCACCCAUCAUGGCCACUCUCCUCAAAAGCAAAGACUUGUGAUCCUCCACUUCAGCUCCCCGCUGGCAAGUCUCACAGUGCGAUUUCCAGUCAAGACUCUCAAUGUGCACAAUCCCACUCCACCUCAGUGUGCAUCGAGUCAGCCCUCAUCCCAGACUUAGCCACGCUCUCUCCAUCAUCAUCAGACUCUGACUGGGACUGUGGCCUUCUGUCACGACUUGGACCUUCCUGUGCUGCUCCACUGUCGCCCGCCGAGCAGAGCUGUGAGCUCGACAAGGAGCGCCUCCACAUGCCGUGCACCUGGAUGCACAACACCAGCUACGAGUCAAGACUACACACCGCCCUUCAGCCGUCGCCCCCAGCAACCUCACUGUGUGGGGAGGAAGUGGACCCUUCAGCGUUUUCCAGGACUGUUGUACAAAUUGUUGAGGUUCAGCACUGAUGGUUAUUGUCUUUAGUCAUUUUAAAGAACUGCAAGAACCAAUACAUGUAAGGCAACGGGAGUAGUAUGUUUUCACAUUGCAGCUGCAUAUCUAACAGGGAGAAAACAACUGGCAGCGCUUAAGCUCAUCAAAAUAAGUCAAUGAAAUGUAAUAUAUUACAAACUUAGUGCAAACUAAAUCGUUAUAUUAAGCUGUUUUUUACAGAUGCAGAUUUUUAUUUUUUGUUGAGGAAGAUGUUACUUUGUGGAUACAUUUCCACAUGAAUUUGAAGUGCAUCCAUUAUCAUUUUUCCUCUCAACCCCUAAUUCCUCCUUGUGAACAGAACCCUAAGCAAUAUUCUGUAUGUUGUGCUGACUGAAGUCUUUCAGCAGCUAUGUCCGGGAACAUAUGGUGGUAUUGAGAAUUUAAUGAGGCUUUCCUGAAGGGGGCAUUGCUCAAUUACUGUAAGUGCUGUCUCUGGAUCAGAUCCCCCUCGCGCUGGCGUUGAUGAGGCGUUCGUAGAGUGGAGGACUCGCACAACCUGUGAUACAGGAAUCGGUCUGAUUAAUGUCAAAUUGCUUUUCCCACCUUGUGAAGGUCGGCCAAAGGACUUACGUUGUCAAGGGGAGACUCCUGCUUCACGGUAUGUGUGCUGCAGCUACAGGGAGGUUAAUUGUCUUCACUUCGAAGUUGAGUCACUUUCCAUAAAAGACUUUGUCAUCGCUCAUCAUUCUAGACAAAACUAAAAAUCCUAUGUUGUCCAAAAUCGCACCUUCUGAAUAUCUUGCCUUGACUUUUAAAACACACAUGCAGAAUGCAACAAGCAAAGAUAAAUCAAAUAUGAUUUCAGUUCAUGUAAGAAUAGCUGUUCUCUAUAUGAACAUGUGAAAUAAAUCCUUGUACAGUGUUUUUAAAUAAAUGUUUUGCACCAUAAACAUUUCCCUGUUGCAUUGUUCAGAAAAAGUUGUUGCUCGGGUAAAGAAAAGUUAAGAAUAGUUGGGGUUUGCUGAGUGUAAUUUUUCGCCUUGGCUUAAUAAAUGCUGACACUGCUUGUAGGCUAAAGGAGAGUCGAAUGUGAAGGGAAGGAUGAGGGAAGGACAGCAGCGGGUCGAUGUGUCCUGUUUGGCUCGACAGCCCAGCUUCCAGCUGACACAAACAAUAUUUGAUAUCUCAUCGCCAAGCCUUGUUACGUAACCCUUGACUAUCCACAUUUGUUGGAAUAAAGGGAGCCAUUGUAUGAGUCUUUGUUGGAAAGGAAUGUGGUUGUGUCUUAUGAGAUGUAAUUUCCAACUGGGAGUUAGGAUUUAAGUGAGAUACAAAGCUCAAAAUACCAAAUAUUCUGGUCAAAGUAUUUGUCCCAACCGUCCACAGACUCCCGUUGGACAAGAUUUUAUGUGAAGGGUUGAUGGAUUGAAGUCUGCAAUCAUGUUUUAUCAUUAAAGUUAGUUAUAUUUUUAGAUU